AAAGUUUCUGCUGUGAGCUGAGCCAAGCAGCGGGGUCAGAGCAGAGACACUCUCCCACAGGAAACAAAGUGUGACAGCCUCAUUGCUGUCACUGCAUCCUGAAGCCUCCUAGCCUUCGAUUUCAAAACAGAGCUCGCCAUGAUGGAGACGGAGCAAACGGCUGCGAGUUGUCCUGCCCUGGGCCAAACUCCCGUCAGGAGCUGGCUCUCCUCCAGCUCCAGAGGGGCACCCAGCCACCCCCCCUCCCGUUUCUCUGGAGACGGGGUCCGCUACAAAGCCAAGCUCAUCGGUGUGGACCAUGUGCCGGACGCCCCGGGACACAAGAUGUGCUGGGACUCCAUGAUGAAGCUAAAGGGCUUUGAGGCGGCAGCGAGGAAGCAGGGGAGACACAAGCAGAGAGUCUGGUUGAAAGUUUCCUCCAGCGGCCUGAGAAUAGUGGAUGAAAGGACCGGGGCUGUACUUCAUGACCACGACCGGAGCGGGAUCAGCUCUCUGAUGAGAGACGAGUCUGACCCCAGAGCUCUGGCCUACGUCUACCAACACCAAGACACAUACUGCCUCUUCUACAUCAAGAUGGCAAACCUGGCAGACCCGGUCCUGGUUGACAUUGCGGAAGUUUCUAAGAUGGUGGACCAGGACACAACUGAGGAACCAGCAGAGGCACCGACACAAACUAAUUCCUUACUGCUACUAAAUGACAGUUCAGCCCCAGCAGCUGAGGAACCAGCUUUGGAGGAAGUGCUCAGUCCACGGAAAGAUCCUUCCCCAGGAAACUUAGACCAGGCCUCUUCCAGUAGCGAGCUGAUGGCGGUUUUCUCGAUCCAAAUGGAGGAGCCGCUGAUGCCCGACCAGAGCUCCUGCGCCAGUCAGCCAGAGUCUCCACAUCAUACUAUCUCAUCCUCUCAGAUCCUCUCCAUGUUCCCCACUCAGCCAGCAGGGGGCACUCCUUACUCCUCGCCCCCAUACUCUCCCACCUCCAUGCCCUGGGGCCAGCAGGGGCUUCUGGGUAAUCAGUGGGCAGGUCCAGCUGCAGUGCCCUGGCCCACAAUGCCCAGUAGUCCGUCAGCAUGGCCCCCUGCAGGAUACCCAGGGCCCCCAGCAGGAUACCCAGGGCCCCCAGCAGGAUACCCAGGGCCCCCAGCAGGAUACCCAGGGCCCCCAGCAGGAGGCCAGUUUCUGUCGCAUGGGCCUCAGCCAGGAGCUGUGAUGGGAGGAAACUCACCCGCCUCACCCACAGCUGUCAGUGGGUACCCCUCCCCUCUAAACUCCCUCUACGCCCCCACUGGAGCAACAGCACCGCUGCAGUCAGUCACCCCCACCUUGUACCAAAAUCUCCUCCUGUAAAGACCUGAGUUGAAAAUAUGUUAUCAAGAUGAUGCUCAUUUAGGUCCACUAAAAUGUGUAUUUCAUUUUUCAUUCUUUCUUUCAUUUGCACGUAAUCAAAUAUUUGUUUUGCUGCCUGAUAAAACUGGAAGAUCAAAACCAUUUACUACAGUAUGUUGUUGCGAGUUAUCAUUUACUGUAUGUUUAAACUGAACAAAAGCAACACUUGUACUGCUAUUGUUUAAUACAAUUGAAUUUAUAGUUCACAAAUCACAAAGUAUUAUGAUUAUUAAAGAUAGUAUAGUUUCAUUACCCCUGCUGAUACACUAGGUUGUGUUUUAUGAGUUUUACUGACACUUGAAAUUACUUUUCUUUUCUUUUAACAGAUAUAAGUUAGUUAAUGUAAUGUUCAUCAGAAUUAAAUGGAGAACAUAAAAGGAAGCUCACUUGACUUCCAUUUCCUUCAAACUAAAGCAUCUCACUUUGUCUUCUGUUUUAUUAUAUAAUUAUAUCAUUGUGUGGACGUUCUUAUUGAAAUAGAAAGUAUAUAAUGUAUAAUAACAUAUUGCAGAAAAAUAAUAUAAAAUAUUUUCUUCACAUCAAUUACACUCACAGUGCCCUAACAUAUAACUGUAUUAUUCAUAGACAUAAUAA